ACAUCACUACAGAUAAGGACUUAAGUCAGACAGCGGCUUUCUAGAUUAUUUUGGAAUUUGUGUUUCUGUUUAGUUAGCCAGUUAAUAAAGUUGUGCUCCGUGAAAGCGUACGUGUGGUAUUUAAUGAUUAAGCGGCUUUAGUUCACAUUCGAAAGAUUUCAUUUUUUUGUGAUUUUGUGUGAAACUUAACCUAAUUUCAACUUCGUCAUGUCGGUCGUAACUUUGGACACAAUUGAAAAUUUUCAAAAUUUUAUCAGGACACCUGUGCUAACAGUAGUUCAUUUCUCCGCGGAUUGGGCCGAGCAAUGUAAGCAAGUAACAGAAGUUUUACAAGAAUUAGCCAAGCUACCGGAUGUGGUGGCCAGUGGCACCAAGAUAGCCCUGUGUGAUGCUGAAAAAUUGUCUGAAAUCUCAUUGCAGUUUAAGGUCGACUCUGUCCCAACAGUUAUAUUAUUCAAGAAUGGUAAGCUAGUUGACAGAGUAGAUGGUGCAGACGCAGCUCAAAUAUCUUCCAAAGUUAAGGCUCAUAGUACAAGUAAGACGGCGCUAGGGGAUGCAGCACCACUCAAACUUGAGGAUAGACUGAAGGCACUGAUUAACAGACACAAUGUAAUGCUGUUCAUGAAGGGCAACAGAGAUCAACCUAGAUGUGGAUUUAGUAAAACUAUCAUUCAAAUUCUUAAUGGAACGGGAGUGCAAUAUGAGACAUUUGAUAUUUUGACUGAUGAAGAAGUCCGCCAAGGACUCAAAGAAUAUUCAGAUUGGCCUACAUACCCCCAGCUCUAUGUAAAAGGUGAACUCAUUGGAGGGUUGGAUAUAGUCAAGGAAUUGCAAGCGGGUGGGGAAUUAGAAGCUACUCUCAAGCCUUAAAGUGUUGUGGUUCAUGUAUCUGUAGGUAUUUUAAUUUAUUUGCAAUAAAUGAUUGAUUUUACAAUGUUUGUUGUCUA